GGUCAAGUGUUUCUUCAUCCGAGUUCUCGGACCGAUUUCUAGCAUCGUGGACACAAGGCUUUAGGAGUUUGGGCCAUUCUCUUGCAAAGAAAACCGUAAUACCGUCCAUAACAUAAAAUAUUGUUUUCCUAAACCUAAAGUGAAUCGGAAAUAAUGAAGGCGUUGGAGUUAUACAGCGGCAUUGGAGGGAUGCAUUAUGCGUUACGUGAGAGUGGAAUUGCAGCUAAAGUUGUUGCAGCAAUUGAUAUAAAUCCUGUUGCAAAUGAUGUUUACCAUCACAAUUUCCCAGAAACUGUUCUUAUGAAUAGAAAUAUUCAGUCCAUUAAUGCACAGGAAUUAAACGAGUUAAAUGUGGACAUUAUGUUUAUGAGUCCUCCGUGUCAGCCUUUUACUAGAUUAGGAUUAAAGAAAGAUGCUCUUGAUAACAGAAGUUGUUCCUUGCAACACAUUUUGAACUUGUUACCAAAAUUGAAAAAUUUAAGAUACAUUUUGCUUGAGAAUGUUAAAGGUUUUGAAGUAUCUCAAAUGAGAAACAGAUUAGUAGAAUGCAUAACAAGUUGUGGAUAUGCCUAUAGAGAGUUAAUAUUAAGCCCGUGUCAAUUUGGUAUGCCUAACAGUAGACACAGAUAUUAUUUACUGGCGAAAAGAAAUAAUCUGAAAUUCUGUUUUAAACAGUCCUCGUUAGGGAAUAAUUUGUUUCCUGAAUUAUUUGAAUUACUACCAAAAAGUAAACACUCAGUAUUAGCGGAGAAAGAAGGUAAAAUUAAUCAGAAAUCUGGCAGACUGUGUUACACAUUAAAUAAUAUUUUGGAACAUAUUGAAGAUUCAAAGUAUUUGGUGCCUUCUAAGUUACUACAAAAGAGAGCAUGGGUAUUAGAUAUACGAACAUCUGAGAGCAAUGGUUCCUGUUGCUUCACCAAAGGAUACAGUUAUUAUGCAGAAGGUACAGGAUCUGUAUAUUGCCCAUUUACAGAUAAAAUAAUCAAAUUAAAGUAUAAUGAAAUUGCUAAUUAUGAAAAUGAUUCGAAUAAGCAAAUGCAAAUUUUGUCAGAUUUGAAACUUAGGUUUUUCUCACCUAAAGAGAUAUGUCGAUUAAUGUGUUUUCCAGAAGAUUUUAAUUUUCCAGAACAUAUUACAGAUAGACAAAAAUACCGGCUGCUAGGGAAUUCAAUUAAUAUUCAUGUAGUUAGCAGAUUAAUACUUUUAUUAUGUAUUGAACAUGAAGAUGUAUGAAAAAUCAAUGGAUUUGCUACCUUUUUCCAUCUUUUGUCCCAUAACUUAAUACUCUUGCAAUAUUUCUUAUAUAUUCUUACAUAUUAAGUCGUAUUCUUUCAUUUAGAGAAGUAUAGUGAUAUCUUUUAUAUAGCGAUGUUUUUAUAAUUUAAAAUAGGGGAGACUGGGGACAGUUGUAACAAUACUUAUAUCUUUUAAAUGAUAAGAGAUAAGAUGAAGAACAAGAACAGUUGGUAUCAAGGCCUGCGUUUGCCUCAUGACAUUAAUCGCGUGUGUAAAAGAAGUAAUAUGUAGGGUGCUCAGAUAAGCCAUGUAAGUGUACGAUGUUAUACUUUUUUGCUUUAAACUUUAAAAUAAAAUGUUUUAUAUCACAUUUUCAUUU